AUGAACGACAACAAAAACGAUGGGCUUCUCGUCCCAAUCGACUUCAGCAAUGUCAGUGGCGGUAGACGAGAAUCGAGGAUCGAUAAGUACGCCAAGCGCAGCUCGCAGAUGUUUAUCCCAUUCAGCGUCGUGGAUUUUCGACAUUCCCAGGCGCUAAACCCAGCAUCCCUGCGAUAUCCGAUGCAGACUCUGCAGGAAGGCGGACGAGGGCUCGCGAGGAUCGACUCCAUCGAUACGAUCACAGCUGAGAAGCAGGAGGCUGCCGUUCAUGAAGAGGAAGUGCUUGGGAGUACCGAGAUUUAUGAUAAGGAUGGCAAUAUCCGGCUUGUGCCCACUCCUACUCCGGAUCCCAAGGAUCCUCUCAAUCUGCCUGAGUGGCGCAAGUGGCUUGCCGUCGCUUCCUUAUGCUUCUUCGGCUCCGUCUCGCUUGCUGCCGAGAUCGCUGUCGCUGGUCUCCUGCCCGUGUUCAUCCUCGAGUACUCUGGAGUCGAUCCAGCUUCAACUCUCAAGCAUGCCGAUCUCAAAGGCAACCCAAACCCUCUUGCCAUUGUGCCACCCGGCGUGACUCCAGUCUCUCUGACGUCUGUUUCUCUUCUGGCGACCAUUCCCAUGCUCAGUAAUGGUGUUGCUACGUAUCUCUUGGUCCCUCUUACGGCUGCCAUCGGUAGACGUCCGGUACUCAUCCUCACGUCGGCUUUCUCCUGGGGCGGAGGAUUCUGGGCCGGAUACAGCAAGUCACUUACAAGCCAUAUUGCUGCCAGAGUUUUUCAUGGUCUUGGAUCCGGUGCUGUCGAGGCCUUGCUUCCUUUGAUUGUCCAGGACAUGAUGUUUCUUCACAAGAGAAACAAAGCUGUGGCGUCCAUCAUUGCCAGUCAGGGCCCAAUGAUUAUGCUCUUCGGAAUCCUUGGUCCGUACAUUGCUGUCAACUGGGACUGGCGAUGGAUCUACUGGAUCACAUCCGCCGUCGGCGUCCUGACCUGGAUCAUGCUCAUCCUGUUUGUCCCCGAGACACUUAGACAGAGAUCUAAAGCAGAGCUUGACCGUACUCAGCUAGACUACGCCACAUACGGAGCGCGUACGCGAUGGGAUGACCUUGGGUUCUUCCAGAGCGGAACUCAUUGGAAGGAUGCCGGCCUCCAGAUCAUUGCCACUCUCAAGACUACAAUGUUCCCCGCUGUCUUGUGGUGCACUCUAUUGCAGGUUGCAUUUGGAAUGGUCAUGGGUGCGACAGGACAGGCGACCUCAUUCGCUCUUCUCGCUGCUGGCGUUCCUUUCGAACUCACCGGUCUUUCGCAAAUUCCCCAGAUCUUGUCAACUAUCGUCAUAUUCGUCGUCGGUGGACCAGUCGCCGACUCAGUGUCUCUCUGGAUCUCGAAGAAGAAGGGUGGCCGUGAAGCCGAACACCAGCUUCCCAAUCUCAUCCUGCCCAUUUUCUUCGCCAUCACGGGUGCUCUAGUGUUUGGGUACGCCGACCAGAACCACCUACAUUACGCCGUCUUGCUGCUCGGGACCUUCUUUCUUAUGACAUCAACCUUGAUCACAGCGCCAAUUGUGCAAAACUAUGUCAUUGAGAGUUAUCCCCAGUGGGCUGGUCCCGUGCUGGUAAACGUCUCGACUCUACGUGUAUUCAUAUCCUUUCCUCUUAACACACAGGUGACAACUUGGCUUCAAGAAUUAGGUCCCAUGAAGUUCACAGUCUAUCUGUCCAUCAUGCUCCUAGUCGUCUCGACCGGUAUUCCGAUUCUCUUCAUCUUCGGCAAGAAGUUACGCAUGAAGACAUCCGACAAAGUUUCAAAGAGGAAAUACUAA